AUGGCCUUUGGCAACCAUCUUAGAGAUGGAACGCGCUUUAACCUUGAAUGGGACGAAUAUUCUCUUGAUAUUCCCAAGGCUCGUGUUGAUAGCUUUCCAUUCGAUAUGAAGAUGGAGCAACGCAAGAAGGAUUGUGAGAAACUAAAAAGUGCGCUUGAUAUUGCGAGGCAUGCAGGUAGAGGUAUUGAAGUUGCUUCUGAAAAGGUAAAGAACAUGAAAUCCAGAAUCAAGCGUUUGGAAUCCUUUAUCGGAGACAUGAAUAUGAGAGUUAGGCAGUAUGAGGAGAGAUAUGAUGAGGUGCACAAUGGAGAGCGUAGUAUUGAUGGUAAAAUGUGUAGGGCAGUAAGGAACAGUAGCAAGACGCGAAUAUAG